AUGUCAGUUAAAGAACUUGAUAUAGUUUCCAAACAUUCAUCGGACUCCCCCAACCAUGACAACAAGAGUUCCGAAGACUUGACUUCAAAAGAGUCUCAUGAGGCAGAACACGGAAAUGUACUUUCAAGGUACACCGAACACCAAGUCAUGGAGAUAGGCAGAAGUUAUGCAAAGGAGCACGAUUUGGAUCCAGAACUCUUUGCACAUGCUGCUGCCUUGGCAAGAUCUCCAGCUGGAUUUUCAGAUAUGUCUUUCCUUUCAGAUGAAGAAAAAGCAGCUCUUCACUUAGAAGCAACAAAAAAAUGGCACAUUCCUAAGAAAUUGGUGGCUGUGAUUGCGCUUGGUUCAAUGGCUGCUGCAGUUCAAGGUAUGGACCAAACUGUCAUUAAUGGUGCAACCUUAUUCUACCCCAGGGCUUUUGGCAUUACCGAAAUGAGAAAUGCUGACUUGAUUGAAGGGUUGGUCAAUGGGGCGCCUUACUUGUGUGCAUCAUGUAUCGCUUGCUGGAUGUCCGACUUAUGGAACAGACAUUUGGGACGGAAGUGGGUUAUAUUUUGGACUUGUUUCAUUUCAGCCAUUACAUGCGUGUGGCAAGGGUUUGUCAACAACUGGUGGCAUUUGUUCAUCUCGCGGUUCUUUUUGGGGGUUGGUGUCGGGAUCAAAUCGGCAACUGUUCCUCCAUAUGCUGCCGAGUGUGCACCAAAACACAUCCGUGGUGCCUUGGUGAUGUUGUGGCAAUUUUUCACUGCUGUUGGGAUUAUGUUUGGAUACGUUGCUGCAUUGGCGUUCUACUAUGUCCCCGACAGAGGCUUUGAUACAGGGUUGAACUGGCGGUUGAUGUUGGGUAGUGCUUGCAUUCCAGCUUUUGUUGUUUUGUUUCAAGUGCCCUAUGUUCCUGAAUCGCCACGUUGGUUAAUGGGGAAAGGAAGGCAUAAGGAAGCGUUUGAAUCUUUGAAAGUAUUGCGGUUUGAUGAAAUAUCAGCAGCCAGGGACUGUUUUUACCAGUAUAUUUUGUUGAAAGAGGAAGGUUCUUACAAGAUUCCAACUUGGAAAAGAGUUAUUGAAAUGUUCACCAUCAGGAGAAACAGAAAUGGGGCUCUUGCCUCAUGGAUUGUCAUGUUUAUGCAACAAUUUUGUGGAAUCAAUGUUAUCGCCUAUUACUCAUCCUCUAUCUUUAUUGAGGCCAACUUGAGUGAGAUUAAAGCAAUGUUGGCUUCAUGGGGGUUUGGUAUGAUCAACUUUAUGUUUGCAAUUCCGGCAUUUUUAACAAUUGAUCAUUUUGGAAGACGAAACUUGUUGCUAUUUGCAUUUCCAGUGAUGGCGGUGUUUUUGUUGAUUGCUGGGUUUGGGUUUUUGAUUGAUGACAUCAACGGUAGAUUAGGUAUGGUCACGACUGGGAUUUACUUGUUCUCGUGUGUUUACUCCUCAUCGGAAGGACCCGUUCCAUUCACAUACUCAGCAGAGGCCUUCCCAUUGUAUAUCAGGGAUUUGGGCAUGGCAUGGGCCACGUCGACGUGUUGGUUUUUCAAUUUCUUAUUGGCAUUCACCUGGCCACGUUUGCAAAACGAGUUUACUCCAACAGGGGCAUUUGGAUUCUACGCAGCUUGGAACGUUAUUGGCUUUUUCUUGGUCCUUUGGUUCCUACCAGAGACCAAAGGGUUGACGUUGGAGGAGUUGGAUCAUGUGUUUGCAGUUUCUGCAACAAAACACGCAAUCUAUCAGACAAAAAAUUUGUGGAGAAAUGUUCAAGUCUAUGUGUUGCGCAGAGACAUUGAACCUUUGCCCCCAUUAUACAAAUCUGCCGCUAUAAGUCCAACAUUUGAACAGAAAGCUGAGAUUGUGCACGCUGAGUGA